AUGGUCUCCUUCACUGCUCUUUUUGCUUCCGGCCUUUUGGCUACUUCUGCCCUCGCGGCUCCCUUGAACCAUGUGAAGCGCGACAGCAGUACUAGCUCUAGCAAGCGUGGUGCCGCUUACAACGACAUCAGCACUGUCUCGAUUCUCUCCAGCGCUGGCACCAUUUCCUGGGCCUACGACUGGGGCUAUUAUUCGUUCGGCUCACUGCCUUACAAUGUCGAGUAUGUCCCCAUGCUCUGGGGCGCUCAGUACUUCACUGGCUGGUUUGCUGCCAUUGAGACUGCCUUGGCCAGCGGCAGCGACUACAUCCUUGGCUUCAACGAGCCCGACACGGCUUCGCAGGCCGGUAUGUCCCCUGCCGCCGCGGCCUCUUACUACAACCAGUACAUCACCCCGUACUCUGGCCAGGCCAAGCUGAUCUCUCCCGCCGUCACCUCCUCCUCCGCCAGCGGUGCUGGUCUGUCCUGGUUCACCGAGUUUAUGGGCGACUGCAGCUCUUGCGGCCUCACCGGUCUUGCAGUCCACUGGUACGGUGACACUGCCGACGAGUUCCAGUCCUUCAUCACCCAGGCCAUCACCACCGCUCAAGAGUACAGCUUGACUGAGGUCUGGAUCACCGAGUUCUCCCUGAACGCUGACGUGAACGGCAUCUCUGACCCUUCCGCCACCGCCGCCUUCCUCGACGCUGUUCAACCCUGGUUGGACUCUCAGCCCAUGGUCACUCGCUACUCCUACUUCUACUGUGCCAACGGCUACCUGCUUUCCGACGACACUCUGAACGCCGCUGGCGAGGCUUACAUUUCCGCUUCCAACUAA